GAGAGGUACAGUAGUUUGUGCUUAGCACAAAUAUUAAUAUAUACAUACAGUGUUUUGCUUAUCAUUAUUAGUUGGGUUUGUCUUGGUCUUUAUUUUUGUCUUAUACUCAUCAAGUUUUGAUUCAUCAUUGUAGGAUGGCGCACCCCACGUUCCCCCUACUGGAGACGUUCUACGACUCCAAGCACCGAGCACACGUCCUAGUUGACCGUGCCGAGGUGUUGGCGCCCCUCCGCGCACGUACCCACUCCCCCCUUCGGUGGGAUGAGUGGUAUGUGCCAUACCUUCACCGGGCUGGGAUGCUUCCUCUUGCUCGAUUGGUGUGCGCGGGCCUCCAAGCGAUGGAUGCGCCUCUGCUAACUACUUUUGUGGACCAUUGGAGGCCGGAGACACAUUCUUUUCAUUUACCUUGCGGGGAGGUCAGCAUAACUUUGCAAAGAUGUGGCGAUGAUUCUUGGGCUGCCUUUAGAGGGAAUUGCAGUGACCGGCAUUAUACAGACUGAUGGCUGGAGAGAUAGGGUAGAAGCACUGAUUGGGAUUCGGCCUCCAGAACCACCUGAGGGGGUCAGGGACAGGAAGACCUCAGGGGUUAGCUCGGCUUGGUUGAGGCAGAAUUUUAACCAUUGUCCUCAAGGAGCACCGAAGGAGGCUGUAGAGCGGUAUGCUCGUGUAUGGUUGUGGCACCUGUUUGGAGGUUUUCUGUUUCCUGAUGGUUCGGGAAACACGAUUUCAUGGAUGAUACUUCCAAUUAUGGGCCAGCAGUGGGAGAACAUUGCUCAGUAUAGUUGGGGGUCGGCAACUUUAGCUUGGAUGUACCGGCAGCUUUGUGACGCAUGUCGGCGGAUUGCUAAUGAUUCAAAACUAGGAGGUUGUGCAUACCUCCUGCAAAUCUGGAUUUGGGAGCGCUUUCCAGUAGGCCGGCCGUACCGAGGCGAACUUGAGCUGUGGCCACACCAUGAUGAGGAGUCUAGGCCCACCGUUGCUUACUGUUGGAAGAAUGUGGGAGCUGUAAGAGGGGAUCCUGCACGCCGCUACAUGCGUUACAUGGACGACCUAGACUGCCUCACUCAAAAUCAGAUCUUCUGGACACCGUACAGUAGAGCCGAGCUGGAUGAGUUGGAACUGAGUGAUAUUUGCACACGCGAUGCCGAACUGUGGAGGACUUGCGUGCCUUUGAUUUUUUUCUUUGUAGUCGAGAUGCACUUGCCGCACCGUGUCAAGAGACAGUUCGGCAGAUUGCAAGACUUCCCUCUGGAGGGAAUUUUGACGUACCAAGCUUUGCAUAGUAUUGACAGGAAGAAACGGUACACUGAGAAUGAUUGGCGUGUCAAACACGCACAGCCACUGGCACAGUGGGAACAAAGGCAAAGGAUGCAUCCAGAAAGUGGACCGGCACAUAGGCACAACCAUUACAAGGAGUACCUUCGGUGGCUUCAUUCGCACAACCAUUACAAGGAGUACCUUCGGUGGCUUCAUUCAGUGGCUAGAGUUUCAGUCAAGCCACCACAAUCCACUAAACCUAUAGAAGACCACGCGGACAACAACGAUGAUGAUGACACCAUCGAUGCGUAUGAUGAUAUCACUCGUGGAGGAGUUUAGCCCGAACGGGGCCCUUUGCAGAACUACAUGGCACAACAACUCGGACGCCUCACUAACGAUGCUGGCGUGGCAAUGGCUCAUGCAAACGAAGGAGACAAUGCCGGGGGGCACUUUAGGGCAUUUGUCGAGAGAGUCCGUCGGAGCUGUAGGCGAAUGGCCGCUAGGCUCAAUUGCAUGGCUUGGCCAGACGAGGCGUUUGGUCCAUAGGCCUCUAGUGCGCGAACUUCAAGUGCACGUGGGCCCAUUUCCAGCAUACAGACAUAGAUUCACUACGGUGCCUCAAUCGCUACAACUCCUGGGCAUUCCGGUUCGAGAAGCCGUUAAAGGAGCACUUCCAGGACUGGUUCAGUGCCUUGUCAAGGGGCAAAGCUAUCCAGUCAUCCGAAGGCAGUGAAGAGUCUGACCGCCAAGGCGACUCAGAAGAUGAGGACUCAAGCUUUCACGUGCUUAGGAUGUCGCAGAUGUUUGAUGCUCCCCUAGGAACGCAGACUCAGGGUGAAUCGAGUCAGGCACCUCAGGAUGCACCCGCUUCUCCUCCGCGUCGCCGAUAAAGGCGUUCUCGUGACCACACCGAUGUUGGUAGCGCGAACGUGCUCGCAACAGUUCCUGGAAGGCAACGGUGGCCCACCGACCCUUUCAGCCCUGCCGAGCGUGGACGGCGCCGUAGAUGAAGGAGCACCGACACUUUGUUCCUAGAUGUAUUGUAAAAAUGCUACCUAGAACCUAUUUGUGCUUGUCAUGGACCACUUUAGGUUGAGAUGGACAAGAUCCUUGUAAUGGACUACUGUAGGUUCUAAUGGACUAUGUGCUUGUGUGCUGACGGCUCUCUAUCUCUUUAUUGGUUGGUUUGAAUUUAUGUUA